AUGGGUAAAACGGGUGAAGAUGGGGGAGGGGGGCUCCCACGGGUGGGGUUGUGGGCAUUGGGGGGCAAACGGACGCAGCUGGGUGAAGUGCAGGCGCCGGACACUUACAUACACACCAUUUCCCACUCCUCGGGGGGUCCAGCACCGCCAGGUAGCCCCCACGGGCAGCACGGCGAACCCCGCCAGGACCCGGGCACCGCCAUCACCCCGCCCAAGGUCGACGACAUGGCAGCAACAGAAGGACGGCGUAGGAGUGUUGUCUGGGACUAUUUCACCAAAUCUGCAGCAACAGGCAAAAAAACCUGCAAUACAUGCAAUGAAAGCCCCAGCACAGGAUCAGAUGUAAAAAAGAAUCAGAAUACCACAAACCUAUGGAACCAUCUUCAAAGCUGUCACAAGGCACUGUACACUGAAGCAAAAAAGAAGGAAGAAGAUGAAAAGAAGAGAAAGGCUGCCCCUGCAAGUAGUAAACCCAUUCAGGUGAACCUUCAGGACUCUCUUGAAUCACACAAAAAGUGGGACAAUUCACAUGACAGGUCUAGAGAAUUUGACAAAUUAAUCAUCGAGAUGAUUGUAACUGACAACGAACCUUUCAACAUUGCGGAGCAUCAUGGGUUUAGGCGACUGAUGGCAAAAGCUGAACCCAGGUACAUGCUGAAAACCGAAAAGUAUUAUCGUACAACUAUGCUUCCACCUCUUGCUGAAAAGGUCAACGCUAAGCUUAAAGCCCUGAUCCAACCACAGAAUGCUGGCCACUCACUCGCCUUCACUACAGAUUGCUGGUCUGGGGCAACAGAGUCAUUGAUGAGCCUUACAUGCCACUUCAUUGACAAUGACUGGAGGAGAAAGCAGGUGGUUUUAAACACCAAGGUGAUGUUAGAGUCUCACACACACCUUUAUCUGAAAGAAGUGUUCCUGGGCAUGCUUGAUUCCUGGGGGAUAGACCAUGAACGUGUCCUGCUUGUUCUGCGAGACAACGGAGCCAAUGUUGUAAAAGCGAUGAAGGUUGCUGAACUGCCAGACUUCAGCUGCACAGCACACACACUACAACUGGUGGUGCGUGAUGCCCUGCAAACUGAGAGAGCAGUUAUAGACGUCAUCGCCAUGCUGAAGGCCUGUGCGACCCAUUUCAACCACUCUAUCCUUGCCAAGAAACGUCUGAAGGCCAUUCAACAAGACCUUGGUAUUGAGCAACACAAUGUCAUCCAAGCAGUCCAAACAAGAUGGAACUCAGAGCUCCACAUGCUGCAAAGAAUGCUUGAGCAGAAGCGUGCCCUCAGCCUCUACGCCAGUGACCAUGGAGGGUUCACAAUUCCUGAAGCUCAUCAGUGGGAACUUGUAUCCAAUUUGAUUGUCACUCUCCUCCCAAUGGAGGAGGUUACUAAGGAUGUAAGCAGUUAUGACUCUUCUACUUCUUGCAGUAUUCCCAGUGUGACGGUACUGAAGAUGCUGCUUGAAGUCGAAGAUCCCAAUGGGAGAGGAAUCAGAACCCUCAGAGUGGCCAUGAGGGACAGCCUUGUUAGACGCUUCUCAAAACUGGAAGAAACCAAAGUUGUGGUGCUGGCAUGUCUCUUAGAUCCCCGCUUCAAGUCUCACGCCUUCUCCUCUGACACCACAUUGAGCAAAGCCAAAGAAUGGCUGAAGGAGGAUGUGCACGCAAUCGACGUUGCUGCUUCAGAAGAAUCGAGUGAAGACUCCGAGCAUGAGGACGUUGAACAGCAGGCUGCAGCACAUGGAGGUGAAAAUGAUGACCCUGGGCCCCAAAAAAAGCAACGGAUAGAUGACAUGUACCAGGUUCUGCUAGGACGGCAUGCGGUGGGUGGCCCAUUAGACGAAAACCUUGACGAAGAGCUGCAUCGCUACCUAAGAGAGCCAGUGAUUGACAGAAAAAAGGGUGAUCCUCUACAGUGGUGGAGGCAGAAUGAAAAACACUUCAAGCACCUUGCUCCACUCGCUAGAAGGUAUCUGACACCACCACCUUCCUCCGUACCGAGUGAGCGCGUCUUCAGUGAAGUUUCAGACAUACCUGCCAGGAUAGUGGUCUCCCUCAUAGUCCACAAGGACCCAUGUUCCGACUUUUAUGGUCUCUUCAGACUCCUCUGGAUCCCUGGCAUCUCAGUGUUGGAAGCCAAGUGGUCAAGUCAAAAGGUGAACGACAUGGAAGGGCACUCCCACAGGGUUUACUCUAAGAUUGUGAAGAUUUGGAAAAAGGACGCCCAACGGAAUUUGUCUCAAAGCCACUCCCGGAGCUGCUCGGCCAGAAGCUUAUCUGAAGCUUAUCAAAAUAAACAGAGCGCACCACAGUUUGAGACCGAAGCUUACAGCUUAAGUACGGCCAUCAUUGUGGCCAACGUCCACAAUGACUGCAACGUGAGUGACAUUGUCUGA